UAAACCCCUUUAAGCGUUUAUAAAUGCCUACAUGUUUACGGAUUGACGACUUUAAACGAAUCGUUUGUUGCGUUCGAACGAACCGAUUCGCUCAAACGAAUCAGACUUCCCGCUAGCUCGUGUGUGCACGCAGGUCAGCGAUGUUUAUGCUCCUCUGAUCUUCGACGCGCGCCCCGCGUGCACGCGCUCGGCACAGGAUGAUCUUGUUACAUUGUAGCGCGGCGUAACUGUGCGUCAUAAAGAGGAAGAACGCUUGAUCCAGGAAAAUACGGCGCUUUUAAAGUUUCCAUCGGAUACAUUUAAAUCCUGACGGUACUGCGAAGCGAUUGCAGCGCAGAAAGCGAGGAGAGAAAUCUUGAUUUACACAUCCAAAGCGGGAUUCGUUGUCGGAGGGUGAUUCCGGACUCAGUCCUGACCAUCGAAAGCCCCGUGGAUGACCUCCAGAAGCAUGUAUCCGCACGGAAGACCCCAGGCUCCUCUGGUGUCAGGACACCCCGGGAUGAAGUUUACAGUGCUGGAAACACUCGAUCAUAUCAAAGAAGAAUUUCAGCUCUUCCAAGCUCAGUACCACAGUCUCAAGAUGGAAUGUGAGAAGUUGGCGAGUGAGAAAACUGAGAUGCAUAGACAUUAUAUCAUGUAUUAUGAGAUGUCUUACGGUCUGAACAUUGAGAUGCAGAAGCAGGCUGAAAUUGUGAAGCGUCUCAGCACUAUAUGCACACAGAUCAUUCCUCUGCUGUCUCAAGAGCAUCAGCACCAGGUGGCACAAGCAGUCGAGAGAUCUAAACAUGUAAGCAUGGCCGAACUCAACGCCAUCAUAGGGCAACAACAGUUCCAGCAUCUUUCCCAUCAUGCCCAAGGUUUCCCUCUUACACAACACCCCUCGGGACUGACCCUGGGAGCAGGUGCGAGCCUCAUGGCUCUUCAUGGGGCCUUCCCAUUUCCUCCGCACCUAGCCCCUAAAGAAGACACCACUAACAUCGAGCAUUUAGACUCCAGAGAUGGAGCCCCAGUGAGGAGUGGCAGCGGAUCUCCGGUGAGCCAUCGCUCUUCAGGACUGCGACAUGGUCUUCCUUCAUCUUCAUCUUCUUCAUCUCAUGCCGAGUCAGACGGCAAACGAAGCAGCUCGGACCAGACCAGCACAGGACGGUCACGGCAGGAGAGCGACAGUAAAAGUGAAGACGCACUUAGAAGAGAUGGAGCUAAAGAGAAAAGCACAUCACCUGCAGGGGUCUCUCCCAGGUCAGCCGAAGGAAACGGAUUGAGCAGCUCACCCGUUCCCCGGAAGAAUCCCUCCAGAGACGCUCCCUCCCCAACAUCAUCCCUCCAUUCGCAACCACGCUCGCCCGGUCUCUGCCGGAGUCCCGCUCAGGAGAAAGUGAGAUCUCCGUCUCCAGCAGUCUCCCAUGAUUCACUCUCUCCUGGCUCUCCUGCAGCACCUCCUCCCCGUCCCCUGUCCUCCUCCGCCCGCGGUUCCUCUCCUGUUCUCAAACACUAGGACCCACUCCUAACCAUGGAGUGAGACUAGUGAAAGACACCCGCUACCCCUUCCCAGCCCGCCCUUCCCAGAAUGCACGGGGGUCGGCCCCAGAACGCACCGCGUCGGCCCCAGAACGCAGGGGACUCGGGCAUCAGGUGCCUUGUCAGAAGCCCUUCAUCAACCCUCCGAGCUGAACUCUGAGCGAUCUGCAUCUGUGUGCCUUCACGUAGGGCAUCAGCCAAUCAGCUGACUGACAGCUCCGUCAGCCAAUUAGAAAGCAAGCUGAAUAAUCUGUGUGAUGGGCAAAUAGAAAUGAGAAAUGGAUUUCUACGUACAUCCCACACAGAAAUGGACUGCGAUGCUUUUUACUGCCAAUUGUUUAGGUCUAAAUGAGUUCAGAAGAAGAUGUGGACACUUCUAGACAAACGGAUAUUGAAAGUGUUCCCAUUGUACCUCCACUGCAUUGUUUUCCCACACAAAAGCUUUUAACUGCGUUUCAGUAAAACAGCCGAAAGUCACUGCAUUGUUUCCCCUCACUGAUACCGACUUUGAGUAACUGUCCUUUUAAAUGCAUAUUAUAAGUUUCUCACAGUAUGUAAAGACAAAUAAUGAUUAUAUAUGUGUGUAUAUAUGCGUGUGUGUAUAUAUGUAUAUAUACUUUUGCUUGUAAUUAUUGGCUUCGGAUAAUAUUAACAAUUAUCCACGUAAUGAUGCUGAAUUAAUUAAUAAGGUACAAGUUAUUGUGCUAUAUUGUAAGUAUCCUGUAAUAUUUUUUUUUAGCCUGGGAUACACCGCAGGAUCUUUGCACUCCUAUAAGAUUAUUACCACACUGUGCGACACGGAUCGUUUAAACUUUGGUACGACACACGUAGACUGUACGAUGAUGACACGGGGGCUUCGAUGGAUGCGUCACGCGUUAGCGUAAGUCACCAGCAUGCGCUUGUGGUAAAGAAAUACCAGUACACAGGUCAUAGCAGCAAACACACUGGCUAUGCUUGCAUGCACAAAAUUUUGUCAAAACAACUGAAUUGAAUACGAUUUAAGGUAAGGACGAUAUAGGUUUACAUGCACCCUAAACAUUGCAAUCUGAUUUAAAUGUUCGUUUACAUGUACAUUAUAUAGAAUCCGAACCGAACGUCUGCGCAAGCGCGCAGCCAGGGUUGCCAGAUUCACAUAUCAAAACUAUCCGAAUGGAUGUUCAAAACUAGCCCAAAAGCAUCCCAAUGACUAUAUUCACAGCCCAAAUACCAAUAACAAAUCAACAAAAUUAUUUCAUCUUUAACCCGUCGAAAAAACAGCAACUGAUGGAAACAGUUUAAACAGUAGCCCAAAAAGCAGAGGACUUGGCAACGCUAUGCUGCGGACAGCAUCUGGAUAAAAGUCAAAACUGAGUUGGAUAAAGUUGUUGUUAAGAAGUUUUUAGAUAUAUGUAAUGAAAACACACUUUUCAAAAGGCACAACGCUAUUUUAUUACUUUAAGUAGCCUAAUGUUUUAAAAGUACACAUAAACGCUGCAGAAUUUUAGUACACCGUGUGACCCCAUUAACGUUACCUUAAUAAUGCGUGAUGCUAUUGCGUGAGAAUCAUGUGAUAUAAAAGAUAAUUAUAAUCAGAGCUGGGUAGAUUACUUAUGAAUUGUAAUCCGUUACUGAUUACGAAUUACAUGACCAAAUUUGUAGUCAGUACUAUAAUCUCUUACAUUACACCUCAUUGGUAGCGUAAUCUGACUACUUUUGGAUUACAUUUAGAUUACUUUUGACAAACCUUAUUUAAUUUGAAUAAUUAUAUAUUCAAUUCUAUUUGACCAACAAGGGCCUUAAAAACUCAUUUUUUAAGUGCAAUGUACGGACAGUUAAUACUUCACAAUACUAACACUGAUUUACUUCGCUAUAAGUGUCAACUGAUAGUAACACACUGAAUAAAACAAAAUCACUCUUUAUGUAUUUAAAACAUAUUUACUUAAUUUUAAGUAAAUUAAAACAAAAACUACUACAUCGCACAAAACACAAUAUUGAAUUUCACAAAAUUCACUGCAAUAACUGCUAGGUCUAAAAUUUCACAAAAAAUAAAGUGUUUCUUUAAACCGCAAGUUUCUUUAAAAAUGAAAUGGUGUCUAUACAUACAGUAAGUUUGAUUUUGACAUUGGUGGGGAAAUAUAUAAAAUUGUCUUUAAACCUUUUUGACAAUGCGGCUCUAUCGCUGUUUACUUGAACAAUAGUUAAAAUAGUAUUUUUAUCAUAAUCUAAAAACAACAAAUAUACAAUAGUUCUAUUUUAUUUAUUAUUUUUGGUUAAUUUGCACUUUUUUGUGGUGCCAGUAAAAAAAAAAGAGAUAUUGUGAACAUCAUACGGCCAUAGUGUGUGAAUAAUAUGUAAUCCAUAAAAAAACAGUAGUCUGAUUACAAGGAUUAAAAAAUGUAGUUUAAUCCAAUUACAAGUACUUGAUCUUUGGAAUCUGAUUACGUAAUCCAGAUUACAUGUAAUCCGUUACUACCCAGAUCUGAUUAUAAUGUGAUUACGCCUUUAAGACUUUUCAAUACGAUUGAGCCAUCAAUACGAUUACAAACGGAUUAUUUGGUUGCAUGUAAAACGUAUCUGCUGUGCGUCGAUCAUGCUGAAUUUCUGAGACUGUCAGAAAUCUAUAGUUUGCUAUCUGUGGACGAACAGAUAGCCGGGAAAAUGGCCAUCUUUCAGUGUACGACAUAGAACCACAGAUGAAGAGCCAUGAUCACAGAAAUCGCCACAAUUGUUUCACAUCUGGGAACGCCAACAAUCGUGCAGUGUAUCCCGGGCUUUAGACAUACAAUACACAACAGCCGAGUGGGUGUUUACUGUACAAUACAGCAUGGCCUUUAUGCUUUCAUAAAAUACUAUUUUAAAAAAUCACAAUGACACACAUUUUAUUAAAACAAAUUUUCGCGGAAAUUGAAAAGAAGUGUAUUUUCUUCACUUUUAUUUGUCUUUGAUAUGUAAACUAAGGUUAACAAACAGUUGACCCCUGCAUCCAGAAAUGAAGCAAUAAAGGGAUAGUUCACCCAAAAAUACUAUGGAAGUCAAUUGAGGCUUCUGAUCGGUUUCUUUACAAAUAUUCCUCAAAAUAUCUUUGUGUUCAUCAGAACGAAGAAAUUUAAACAGGUUUGUAAUGAUUAUUUGUGGGUGAACUAUCACUUUAAAACUUCAUAGUCCACCUAAAAUAUACCCAAGAACAAUCAUGUUUGGUUUUAAUUCCCGAAUGUAAAUCAGGAUGGAUUUCUGUAGGAUAUUUAAUGUUUUCUGUUUUCUACUGAAUGCAUUGCUUUAGAUAAACACUAGGUGAUGCUAUAAAUCUGUCAAAUACUA